AUGGACCACCCCCAAACUCCGCGUGUGUUGCAACCGCACCUCUCGCAGUUCCAGCACAGAAUCGUCCGCGUCCUGGGCAAAGUCGUGCAGCUGCGGGGCGAAACCGCCAUCAUCGACGCCGGCGGGCAGAUUGAUGUGAUUCUGAACCGGGACGCGCAUCUGGCUGUUGGUCAUGCGGUCGAGGUGAUUGGCAAGGUGGAUGGGAAUCUAGCGAUCAAAGUGCAGGCCGCGACUGAUUUCGGGACGAAUAUCGACUUCAACGCUGCGAAUGCGGUCGUGGAUGCGACGCACCGGCACAAGGAGAUUUUCUACGAUGACCAGUAA